AAUAAAAAAUCAACAAGACUGAGAUUGCGCUUUAAACCCUAUUCGAUUCUCGUUUUGUUUUUGGGUUCUCUUCUCUCAAUUAGUGAGUAUUUUCAGUUUCAGAAGCAGAUUCAGAAAUGGAGAGUGGCAAAACCACAAAGGGAGCAGGAGGCAGACGAGGUGGUGACAGGAAGAAGGCAGUUUCGAAAUCCAUUAAAGCCGGACUGCAAUUCCCGGUGGGUCGUGUUGCCCGUUUCUUGAAGAAAGGUCGCUACGCACAGAGGGUUGGAACCGGUGCUCCCAUCUACCUCGCUGCAGUUCUCGAGUAUCUCGCCGCUGAGGUUCUGGAAUUGGCUGGGAAUGCAGCGAGAGAUAACAAGAAGACUAGGAUCAUACCAAGGCAUCUGCUGCUCGCUGUGAGGAACGAUGAGGAACUGGGGAGAUUGCUUGGUGGGGUUACCAUUGCUAGCGGUGGUGUUCUUCCCAAUAUCCACACUGUUUUGUUGCCCAAGAAGACUGAGAAGAGCGAAAAGAGUGAGAAGACUUCUCAAUCCAAAUCUCCCAAGAAGGUCGCUGCUUAGGGGCUAGAAAGUUUAAGCCAGAAUAGUUUAGAUAUUACGCUCUGUAAUCAGAAAUGUUUUUCUUUUGUUAAUCGAAAAUCAGAUCUUUUGCCAGUUUCCAAAUUUGUCAUUUUGAUUUUGAA